AUGACCGACGCCACUGCUCCCCCCGCCCGCAAGCGCCGCGGUUCCACCCCCUGGACGGAGGUCCUGGGCAUGACCUCGUCCCUCGCAAUCACCACCGACCCCAAGAACGAGUCGGCCGUCGAGGACGACAACGAGCCCGAGCCCCCCGCCUUCGACCCCGAGACCCCCCGUGGUAUCUCGUCCUACCCUCUCCCCGAGCCCGGAUCUGAUUUCCCCAUCGUUAUGGUCGGUGCGGGUAACAUCAUGUUCGGCUCGGAUGAAGGUCCAUGGAACCACUCUUUCCGCUUCGAGCACAAGCUCGGCCCCCGCCUCAAGGUCGCCGCCCUCAUCGACCCCAACACGGACCGCGCCCGCGCCGUCCUCGCCGACAAGUGCAAAUCGUUCGUCGUGUCGGCAUACAAGGACUGUCAAGUCUACAAGACGAUCGACGAGUACUAUGCCGCUCUGCAGGCUGGCAAGCACACCCUUCCGCGCGCCAUUGUCGUCGGAUGCCCUCCUGCGUACCGCGGAGGUGUCACCAAGGGCACGGACCUCGAGCUUACUCUGAUCAAGCUCUUCCCCACUGUUCCCUACUUCAUCGAGAAGGUCGCCCAGUCGCUGCUCAAGAACGGCAACGUUGUCUCUGUGGGCUACAUGCUCCGCUACCUCCGCUGCGUUCAGAAGAUGAAGCAGAUCAUUCACGACAAUAACCUCACGGUUAUGGCGACCAACGCCCGCUACUCCUGCGCCUACGAGGCCAUUGCCAAGCCCGCCUGGUGGAACAAGGCGAUCGACAUGGGUCCCGUCAUUGAGCAGGGCACGCACUUCUGUGACCUGUCCCGCUACUUUGGCGGUGACGUCGACAUGGACUCUAUCGACGCGCGCGCCGUCGAGUGGUAUGAAGCUCCCGGCCAGCUGAGCAAGAUCCCCAUCGAUGAGUCCAAGAUCCCUGAGGAGGAGCGUAUCCCGCGCCUGACGAGCGCGAUCUGGAAGUACACGAACGGCGCGGUCGGCACGUUCCAGCACGCUGUCUCGCUCCAGGGCGACCAGUACUUCUGCGAACUGGAAGUGUGGGCGGACGGAUACCUCAUGCGCCUGACCGACCCUUACAACAACCCGACGCUCUUUGUCCGCCGCCCCGGCGCCGACGUCGAGGAGCGCCACCACUACACGGACGACGACCCGUUCUUCUCCGAGAUUUCCACCUUCAUUGAUGCGAUUGAGGACGGCCCCGAGCCCAACAUUCUCUCGAGCUUCGAGGACGCCGCCAAGUCAUACGAGCUCACGUGGGCCAUCCGUCUCGCGUCCGAGGCGAACAAGGCGCAGAAGCCCGAAUGA